ACUAAACUACAAAUCCCAUCACACCCUUCGCCUAACGGGGCUUUAAAGCGUUGGGUUAAAGCUACCCUGUAAUGUUUACCUCUUCGCUACAACGGCGUGUCCUCCUGGUUAACGUUGGCUGCGUGGUGGAAACAGAUGCUCCGUCUAAUGUCAUCUGAUUUGUUCAUUUCCUUGAACCAGUCGUUCAAAACACGGAAUCCUACGGGCUGAGAGUUCACUCGGUGUACUGGCAGUACACAGGAGAACAUACCCUAUUUUUUCCCCAAGAGCGGCGAGCCAUCCGAGAUCCGCGUUCAUGAUGGCGAUGUUCCGCAGUUUUGUUUCGGCUGCCCAGCUAAGGCAGCAUCAGCAGCAGCAGAGCGGGGCCGCUGCAGCCGCGCCCGGGGAGAGUCUGGAGAGUCAGUUCUCCUGCCCCAUUUGUUUGGAGGUGUACCACAAACCCGUCAGCAUCGCAAGCUGCGCACAUACGUUCUGUGGGGACUGUCUUCAGCCAUGUCUUCAGGUGACAUCCCCACUAUGUCCCCUGUGCCGCAUGCCUUUUGACCCAAAGAAAGUGGACAAGUCUUCCAGUGUGGAAAAGCAGCUCUCCUCUUACAAAGCACCGUGCCGGGGGUGCAGUAAAAAAGUCACGCUGGUCAAAAUGCGCUCUCACAUCUCAUCUUGCACAAAGGUCCAGGAACAGAUGGCUAACUGCCCAAAGUUUAUGCCUGUGGUCCCCACCUCUCAACCCAUUCCCAGCAAUAUUCCAAACCGAUCAACAUUUGUGUGCCCCUACUGUGGGGCCCGAAACCUGGACCAACAGGAGCUGGUGAAGCACUGCAUGGAGAACCAUCGCAAUGACCCCAACAAAGUGGUGUGUCCGGUGUGUUCGGCCAUGCCCUGGGGUGACCCCAGCUACAAGAGCUCCAACUUCUUGCAGCACCUCCUGCACCGGCACAAGUUCUCCUAUGACACAUUUGUGGACUACAGCAUUGAUGAGGAAGCAGCGCUGCAGGCAGCACUGGCCCUCUCGCUCUCCGAGAACUGACCGGUCCAGACCCAGCAGCCUCCAACAAGCCCCCUCCAGCCCAGACUUCCCCUUUGUUAUUUUUUGUUCUUUCUUUUCACUCUGUUUGCUCCCUUUCUCUCUCGCUGUCUCUCCCUCUCUCUUUUUCAUUCCUUCGUUUUAAGAAACUGUACACCUAGUAGCUGCUCUGCCAGUUUUACACUCGGUGUGCCAGUCACAUGAUGUUGAUCACAUGACUUCUUAUCUCUAAACAAGACCCCGUCCAGACCACAUUAAAUGGAGAUCAUCAUUUUAAUUGCUGCAGUAAAUAACAACAACAUGACAAUGUGAUCAUGAA